UUAAGGGGGUAUUUGCCUCAGAAUAUGGCAGGCUCAGAAUUUUCUAGCACAUGGAGAGCUGCUAUCUGUGACUUCUGCAUCUUGGCCAAAUCCUCCUAUUUCAGCUUUAGAAAGAGCUCCAAUAUCUUCCACAUCCAUGCAAAAAAAGAAAUCCUCUAUGUGAAUUCUUUCUAGGGAAGGGAGGCCCUUUGAUAACAAAGACAUCUUUUUCAUCUUUGCAUUCCAACAGGAGGCAUAUCUGUCAUAAAACCAGGGUUUGACAAAUUCUCACUUGCCAAAUGAAGGAGUGGAUAAAUGAAUGGGCAACUCUAUCCAGGUCUUGGGUUGCUAGAUAAGAGACCCGGGCUCCAUGGUCCUGACAUUUCUCCUCUCACUUAAGCCUUUUGCAGGGCUACCAUGUCUACAUAUUCAGCCCUGAAGAGUCUCCUUACCACCUGUGUCCUUGCUGCCUUGGUUUCUAGCAUUGUGGAGAGUUAUAAAUGUACAAGCUGCUCUCUUAAUGCAUGUAGUGCUGACAUGGAGACGACUUGUGAAGCCUCUCAAAGCUGCUUCAGAUACAAGCAAGAAUUAAGGACAAAAGGGGAACUCCUACAAUAUGUUGAAGAGAAAGGUUGUUCUUCAAGCAAUUGUGUCCCAAUGAUGUUCUCAGCAACACUGGGGGAUAAUCAAACAUUUGUGUACAAUCACCAAUGCUGCCAAGAUGAGCUCUGUAACCAAGGGAACUUCCAAGUGCCUCAGAAGUCCUCAAAACCCAAUGGAAUUAAAUGUCCUGCCUGCUACAAUGUGCAUGACAUUUCCUGUGACCCAGUUCUUCUUACCUGCACUGGUACAGAGACAAAGUGUGUGGAAGUUAUUGGCAUAGAUAACCCUAUAUUUUUGAUUUUUGCCAUGGGUUGUGCUACUGAAACUGCCUGCAACUUGAAGAAUAUAAGUAUAUUGAAUAACAUAAAAAUCCGUACCUACUGUGUAGAACAAAGUGCUGGAGACCCCCGCUGAUGUUCAUCACCUCAUCAAUCUUGAAUAAUCCCUUCUUGUUCCAAGUCUUGCUUUGAAGUUUCCAGUGUUACCAAGCUCAUAAUCCUACAAACCUGAAAAAGUUGGAGUCCUCAGAUGACUCCCCUCCCCAGCAUUCCCAAGACAAUGCAGAAUUAAAUUG